AGCAGCUGGAAAAAAAGAAAAAGAAAAAGAAAAAAAAGAAGAAAAAGAGGUUAGGAUAGGCAUAAACCCUCCUGUCGUCUACGACAAUUGUUGCCUGGCAUCAUCAUAAUCGUCGUCAUAGACAUCAGCUGCAAAAAAAAUGGCGGUUAGGUUGAGAUUGUCGAGGUUCGGAUGCAAGAACAAACCCUUCUACAGAGUGAUGGCCGCCGACAGUAGAUCUCCCAGAGACGGCAAGCAUUUGGAGGUCCUCGGCUACUACAAUCCCUUACCCGGUCAAGAUGGUGGUAAAAGAAUGGGUCUUAACUUUGAAAGGGUGAAAUACUGGCUAUCAGUGGGUGCACAGGCAUCCGAACCCGUUCAGCGUCUUCUUUUUAGAGCAGGUGUGUUGCCACCGCCGCCAAUGACUGCUAUGGGACGAAAAGGUGGGCCCCGAGACAACCGUCAGGUCGAUCCUAUGACCGGACGUGUGACAUUUGAGAACUCAAAAAAAGACCAAGAAGCCCCUCUUGUCAAAUGAAAGGUGUUGGAAACAAGUGUGUUUGCUAUAUUGUAUCACUUCCUCUCUCUCUCCUUUUGAUGCUUUUUUUUGUUGUUUCCUUUCUUCACCUAUUUACCAAAUAGGCCAAAAUACAAUAAGAUGGCUGGGGAAUAAAUCUAGUACCUUUAGUCUAUACCUAUGUGUUAAGAUAAUAGGGAGUAGUUCUUUUUUUCUUUCUUUCACAAUUGUUACUUGGUGGAUUGAUAAUGUAGUAAUAGUGCCUUUGACCUUGGUGCAUUUUAGCUGUUAAAUGUGCCGUUUUAUAACAAUAAAAAUUGGUUGAGAUU